AUGUCAGAAGUGAUGACGACUUCUGGAGCUGAGAAAAAUUCUCCCUGUACGACUUCCAAAGAGAACUGCAGUGAUAAAAUAUUGGAGCUGUUUCUUCGCAUAUACGCCUUAAAAUGCAAAGAAUCUGCAAUAGAGAUGAAUCCUCGUGUUCUGCAAGCUGCUGUUGAAAUGCAAAAAAGUACAGUUCCGAUAAAAAAUAGAACAACACAUGAGGGGGUUUCUUUAAACCAUUCAGAUAAAAUAGAGGUGUCAUACACUCUUACUGGAAUGUCACUUGGAGUUAGUGGGAUAAAAGCUCUUAUAGCAGCACUUAUUGCUCUUCCAAUCACAAUACUUGAUCUUAGUGGUUGCUAUCUUGGAGAUUCUGGCUUCGCUGCACUUGCGGACGCCGUAUCAACAUCUUCUUCUUCUUUACUAUUACGUAGUCUAAACUUAAGUGCUGUUGGAGCCACAGAUGCUGGACCACUAGCAAACUUAGUGACAUCAUCUCAACAAUUACAGGUACUUGAUCUCUCCUGCAACAAGCUUGGUACACGUUCAGCAGGUUUGGCUGUUCUUUGUGGGGCGAUGCAGUAUCAUACUGCACUACGAGAAGUCUUUCUUAGUGAUAACUUUAUUAAUGGUGGUUGCGAUACAACUAUGCGGGCAAUUGCGGAAUGGCUAGUAUGCUCUGGUCGUACAGGUGUAUUACUACACAUUGAUUUACGUUUCAAUACGUUGGGCUUCUCACGCGAUUUGGCGGCCAGUGCAGGUGUUGUGAGAAUGACACGGUGUGUGUAUGGUACCCAUCCACUAGUAGAUGGACUCAUGUUCAACAAUAUAUUGGAAUAUCUAGAUCUGGAGGGAAAUGCGUUUCCAGAGGAUGUGUUGGACGUUAUAGAUGCGAAAUUGGCUGUUAACCGACGUAGCAAGGAGAGUAUUCGAAGAGAAUUAAAAGUAUCCAUAGCUGCGUGA